AUGGACUCAGGAGAGCAUGGAAAUAUGUUCUUCACCAGCCUCCUGACUCAGGAGCCUGAACUUGACUACAUUUAUGUUGGUCAAGGUGAACAACAUCCCGUGACUUUGGAUGACUCUCCACCCCCGCCCCAAGUAGAUCCUCCCCCCUCUCAAAGAAAAUCAGCCAGGGGUGCAAACUUCACCCCCGAAGAAGACAAGUUACUUGUCUCCGCAUGGCUGAAUAGUAGCAUUGAUGCCAUCCAAGGAACGGACCAAAAACACGCCCAACUUUGGGAAAAAAUUAGUCAAUACUUCAAUGAUUAUAAAGAAAGUACAAAUGAGCGAAGUGUUGGGUCCUUAAUACAUCGGUGGUCUGCCAUUCAAAAGGCGACGAACAAAUUUUGUGCUAAACUCGCCCAAGUUGAAGGGCUGAAUCAAAGUGGCAUGACUGAGCAAGAUAAGUUUGACAAAGCGAAGGUCAUGUACCAAUCGCUUGAGAAAACGGCAUUUCAGUUCGAGCAUUGUUGGCAGCUAUUGAAAGACCAGCCGAAAUGGAAUCAGCGUUGCACAAAGGACGGGACAAAGCGAAGGUCGACGAUGUCCCCUACAUAUUCGCGUACAUCAGCAGUGGCAACUAAUUCACCCAUUGAUUCAGUGGGUGGUACAGAGGGCGAGAAUAUGGAUACUAAUGAUGUCAUCGAAUUGGAUAGGCCAAUAGGAAGAAAAGCUGAGAAAGGAAAACGUAAGGCCCAAGGUAGAGCCUCAGAAGAGCUUGUGGAGCUCAGCAAGAAAAGGUAUACUCUCCUAGAGGAGUCACGUGCUCAGGAGAAAGAAUUUUUCCGACUCAAGGCGGAGAAGAUGGCAUAUGAACGAGAAAUGGAGGAAAAUAAAAUUGGACAAUAG